CGUUGACUUACUUCGAAAUAAUUUCUGGUCUGAUGACCACAGACUAACAACCCGUACCACCAACCAUCAAGUUGGAUUUCAAGGGCGUAUCCUCCUGCCUGGGGGCCCUGGGUCAAAACCCUGCCCCCACCUCCAACGCCGCCACAGAGGACCUCUCGCACCAGCAGUUCAACAUAUUCCCCGCCAUUUUCAGCCGCCAGCUCAACUUCAACGCGUGCCCGCAGUCCAAGUCCAUGAUGGAGGAGCUGAGACCCAACCUGGUCGGCAUGGGCAACCUCCUGGGCGUGCAGGGCCUCCUGGACGACCACCACGGCCACCUGACCGGCUCUUCCGGCAGCAGCAACGGGGACAAAGGUGUGGCGAGGAAGUGCAACACCAGCGGCUCUUCCGCCGAGGAUUUCACCGCCAUUUAUGGCGGUCUGCCGCAUGCACACGACCACCAUGCCCACACCCCCGCCCACACCCCGCCGACGGUGCCCAGAAACCUCACGGAUCACAGUGACGGCGCGUUCAAGAAGCUGAAGCCGGAGCCGCAGAGCACGGGCAGCAGCAGCAUAGGCACCGUGUCGCCUGGGGCGCCGCAGCACGCGGGGCACACGCCUACGACGGCCUCGUGCCCCACCCCCGCCCGACGAAGGCACCGCACGACCUUCACGCAGGAGCAGCUGGCGGAGCUGGAAGCGGCCUUCGCGAAGAGUCACUAUCCAGAUAUUUACUGUCGAGAGGAGCUGGCCAGGAGUACGAAGCUGAACGAAGCUAGGAUACAAGUUUGGUUCCAAAACCGUCGAGCAAAAUACCGUAAGCAGGAAAAGCAACUGCAAAAGGCUUUGGCUCCUAGCGUGCUGCCCGGUUGCAAUGGAGCCAUGAUGCGGAACAUCUACCCGGGAGCGGCCCGCGGCUACCAGCCCUAUCCCCAUCCGACUGCCAUCAACCGGUACCCCCAGAUGACAACAAGUUCGUACCCAGGCAUGGCGCAGUCAUUUUCGAUGUCCCAUGGCACAAAUAUGUCCUCUGUAACAGGAAUGAGGCAGGAUGCAAUGAGCAUGGGUCCGGAGGAGGAAUGGUAUAACAAAAGUCUAUCCGCCCUGAGAAUGAACACGACUCAUCACCCGAACUUGGCCGCACCCAUGUUGCAAUACCAAACGUAAUGAUAAUUGCAAUUAUCGAAAUUCGCCAAGCGCGGCAACAACGCCAGCCGAGUAAUUUUAUUAAAAGCCCAUUCAACAUCCAACCGAUCUCGGUAAAUCGAACAUUAUUAUUUUGUCGGUUUGUUUUUGUUUCAUUGUCCGCGGUCACGGAAAUAUGACACAAAUUUAACUCAUUUGUACAGCAGUUUCAUAUGCAACAUUUUUAUAACCAGUUUGUUUGUCAGAAAAAGCUUGUUCCAAAAAAUGUUUAAAAAAAUCGCACAGAACCUAACGAAAGUAUAUCUAUUCAUUCAGGAUAUUGUUAAUAACUAUAUUAUAAAUUUAAUUAACAUAUCUUCAAAGUCAUUUUUCAGUUACUAAAUAGUACCAAGUUGGUAUUACCAAAAAAUUAAAAUCUCCGUGUCGUAUUUUUGUGACCAAUUGUUUUAUUUGUUAUUUGUGUACACAACGAGCAAAUGUUUUUAUUACGAUGGCCGAUGGUACUAGACCAUUAAAAGUCGAAAAAAUUGAGUUCCUUGAAAAUUAUUGUGAAUACGAGUGAAUGACAUAACGAAGUAAUGUGAAUAUUACGGAUUUGUAAAUUUGGUGUUUCAAAAACGAGUACGGUUAAAAUUAAUGAAUUUAUUUCGAGAAAAACAUUUUUACAUUGAAAGUACAAAUUCAUAUAAAUUUAACCGGAUUUAUUAAUUUUUCGUAUUCGUUUGCAUUUUAUACUUGUAAUUAAUCUAAUAUUUCGAUAAACUUAUAAUAUUAAUUGUACUAGAACUUAAAAACAUAUUUCGUUUAUUAGAUCUUCAGGUUUCAUAUAAAUAGGUACCUAAAAACUC